UUUGAUAAAAUAUCCAAAAAAAAAAGGAUCUAAGACCAAGUUUCAACCCCCUAUCUCAACUGAGAGCUUUACUACUACAAAGGAAAAUCGAAAUUUCAGUUUUUCCUCUAUUUUACCUAUUUAAUGACAUUGAUGAUCUACUAACGUACAUUAUAGAAUAUUUUCAGAUUGUUCGGUAAGGUGCUAUAGUUAAAAAAAUAAAAAAUCGAUUAUUAAUAUAAAAAAGUAAUCUCUAUUUAGAAUUUGUGUCUUUUUUCAACAUUACUACAAUUACGUUAUUAUGUAAAAGCGAAUGUACAAAUUUACGCCGUUGGAGUAUUCCAGAAUUGAGUGACCGUUAAAAAAAAAGAAAAUCAGACAAUGACGGCGACGCUGGGCGCCAACGUCGAAGUGUCGAGAGAGUCGUCGUUCAUCUUUAGCGCCAUGCAGUAGCGAGAGAGGCGAAUUACGUGUUAAAGUAGUAAAUAUCCUAAUGGUUUCAAUUAAUUAGUGUUUUCUUAAGUUUGCCUUUAUGCUCGGACUCUGAAUACUACAUUAUUUGUUUAUAUUCGGUUAUUCAGACGUUUCCUUCGCUGGUUGUCCUUUUCUACGUUCGGCAAACUUCGAUUAAGGUUUGGCUGUGGAUUUUAGUUUACGUUACAUGGUAUGUUUUGAGAUGUAUGUAUUUCUGAAGAACGAAAGAAUAGAGUAAAGGCAACAUUAACACAACUGGAUGGUCCAACUUGAAGAUCGACGGCUCUAUCUUCUUCUGAGAGACAAGUGGGCCAGAGGUUGGAAUUCUGAGCCGGCCAGGAAGGUCCGUGCCAUCAAAAUUUGGAGUCCAGCAAUUCAGAAGGUGAUAUACCGCGCGUUGCCAAGUCUGCGGGAUUGCUGGCUGACUUCACGUGCCUCCACCGAUCUGCCGGAAUGCGUGUCUGCAUGCUGGACACCCGAUGGGCCACAAAAGGCUUCCAGAGCGACGCGUGGCCUCGUAUCCAGCACAGGGCCACACUAGAAUCGGUCCAAGCGGUCAACGAUGCCGGCGUGCUACACCUCCCUCUCCCACCUACAAGCAUGCGCCAAAAACAAAAGAUGCAUUGGUAUAGCAACAUAUGUAAAUAAAUUAAUUAGAUCUUUACGAAGUCACUUUACGCAAUGCACUCCAACGCCGAGUAUGUAUUACUCGAUGUUUUUUACGUUCGCGCAGUGGGACGGGAAUGCGGAGGAAGCUGCCCGACGAUAUGCAGAGGAACAUCCCGGUCAAAAUUUACCGUCGGCUAAUACGUUCAGGCGAGCAGCCGCACGGUUAUACACAAGUGGCUCAUUCCAACCUGCACGAGAAGGUGUAGGUCGCUCGUGCCUGAUCUCCACGGUACGGGCGGAUGAGGUGCUCGAAGAAUUUGACCGGGAUGGGAGUCUCAGCGUACGAGAUGCGAGUCACCGAUUGGGGAUCAGCAGGUCGUCGAUUCAUCGAAUUCUUCAAGAAAAUAUGCUGCACCCGUACAAAUAUGUACAGGUGCAGCAUUUAAACCCAGGAGAUUACAUUCAACGGAUUCACUAUGCUAGGUGGCUUGUGGGAAAGAUCGAGCGGAAUCCAUCUUUCUGCAAAUACGUUUUAUGGACAGAUGAAGCCCUUUUUAUCAGAGAAGGCUGCUUUAAUGCCCACAAUUCGCAUUUGUGGAAUGAUGAAAAUCCGCAUGCGAUCCGUCCACGAGCAAUGCAAGCACGCUGGUCCGUGAAUCUUUGGGCCGGCAUUUGUGGGGACUUUAUUGUUGGUCCGUACAUUCUGCCCGACAGAUUGGACGGAUGAACAUAUAAAAUGUUCUUCGAGCAUCUUCUGUCGAAUCUUUUGGAAGAAAUUCCACUAGAGAUUCGAUAGAACAUAUUUUUCCAACAUGAUGGUGCUCCAGCCCAUUAUGCCGCAAGUGUUCGGGCUUUCCUAGAUCACACUUUUUAGGACAGGUGGAUCGCGCGCGGCCCUGUCGCGUAGCCCCCCAGGUCACCCGACAUGAACCCGCAGAAUUUUUUCUUCUGAGGAUUCUUGAAGAAUGAGGUGUAUCGACAACCGAUUACCUCUCGGGAUGACCUGGUGGAUCGGAUCCGCGAGGCAGUUGCGACCAUACUCCCGCCACACUGCGUUGAAUAAGUGACAAUAUUCUUGUACGCGCUCGAGCGGCCAUUGGGGCUAAUGGAGGCCACAUAGAGCCGUACCUAUAAUAAUCGGACCCUUUCGGGGCCAACUAUGACAUAUGUUUCAAACUCAAGUAUUAUAUAUUUCUGUUGUAUAUAGGGUGUUACCUGUAACGCUACUCACG